GAGAGACUGACUAAGAGACAGACACUGUCAGAGGCAGACGUAAAGGUUUGAGGGUAAGAGAGAACCAGAGACAGACAAAGAUUAGAGAGACCGUGAGAGGGCAGUGAGAGACAGACACUGAUUGAUGGUGACAGACAAUGAGAGUGGUGAUAAGACAGCAUAGAAAUAAGAAAACGGUCUUAGACCAUCACUUAAAACAGAUAUUCACCAACACAUUAGACAGUCAGGAACACAUUUGAUACUGACAGUCAUUAGACUAUCCCUGCUGCAUUAGACAGUGGUAGAGCUUUAAGACAGCUAUGUUUAUAUUAGACAGUACUUGCUAAAAUUAGACAGUGACAGAGCUAUUUGACAGCCCAGUUUACAUUAGACUGUCCCUAUAAUGUUAGACAGAGCAAUUAUACAGCCUCCAUUACAUUACACAGUGACAGAGCCAUUACAGACUCUAAGAUUGAUGGUGACAGACCUAUUUGAGGUAGACAACCCCCAUUACAUUAGACAGUGACUUCACAUUAGAUAGACUCCCUUAUAUUAGACAGUGACAGAACUAUUAGACAACACCCUUUACAUUAGACAGUCACAGACCCAUUAGACGGCUUACUUUUCAGUAGAGAGUGACAGUGCCAUAAAACAUCUCCCCUUUACAUUAGACAGUCACAGACCCAUUAGACGGCUCACUUUUCAUCAGAGAGUGACCGUGUCAUUAAACAUCUCUCCUUUACAUUAGUCACAGACCCAUUAGACGGCUCACUUUUCAUUAGAGUGACCGCGUCAUUAAACAUCUCUCCUUUACAUUAGUCACAGACCCAUUAGACGCCUCACUUUUCAUUAGAGAGGGACCGUGUCAUUAGACAUCUCUCCUUUACAUUAGACAGUCACAGAGCCAUAAGACGGCUCACUAUAGACUAGACAGCCCCCUUUACAUUUGAGAUGCUUCCUGCAGUUAUUGUUACACGGAAGGCAGAGGGGCCCCCUUUAAACUACUGGCUUGCACUUCUAUCGGGAGACACGGAGACCAUUUGUUUGCUACUAGGGGACUCUAAUAGUCUUGUUCACCCCAACUCUGUCUUUGAUACGAGUGACCUGGAGGAGUGGAAGAAUUAUCGAUACAACACCACAGCUCUCAGGAUAUGGUCGCUGACGUAUGAGGAGGAGUUUACCUGCCCUCUGUUUGUCACUGCUAACCGCGGUUAUGCAGACUGUGUCCAGCUGCUGCUCAGACUAGGGGCAGAUGUUGAGUUUUCUCCUGGCGGGGAAAGCGCUCUGCAUGGAGCUUGUGAGAAUGCACACUUAGAGUGUGUAAAAAUCCUCCUACGCCAUGGAGCCAAUCCUAACGCUGAGUCCCAGGAUGGAACCCUACCCCUGCACCGCUGCAAGACCCCUCAGUCCUACCAGUGUGCCAAGCUCCUACUGCAGUAUGGUGCCCAUAUAAACCGUCAGACUGAGGAAGAGGAAGAUACUCCCCUUCAUAUUGCUGCCCGUUACGGCCUGUGGCAGCAUGUGGACUUAUAUCUUCGUUAUGGGGCCACUGUAGACAAGAGGAAUGUAAAUGGAGAAACGGCCUUAUGUGCUGCAUGCAACCAUCGACAGACACCCCAGAACCUUCAGCAAUACUUCCAAGUGUGCCAAAGACUCAUACAAUCUGGAGCCAACAUCCAUGCCCGGGACAAUGACCAGCAAAACCCACUGCACCUUGCCUGUAAAAAUGCCAAUCCACAAGUGGUAGAACUGCUGCUGGAACAGGGGGCAGAGGUGAACGCCAUGAAUUAUAGCGCCAACACUCCAAUACAGAACAUCCUGCAGGUGAUAGCUUACAAAUUAGAUCACAAGCCAGAACUCAUCGUGCGGGCCCUGCUCAAUCAUGGGGCUAUUCGGAUAUGGCCAGGUGCCCUCAUCAAGGUUUUGCGCUAUUGCUGCAUGUCCCCUCGGACAGUUGAAGUUUUGCUGAACACGUACAGCAGAGUGAGAGUAACAGAGGAAUGGGCUGAGGUCGUCCCAAAGGAGGAGAAGGAGAAAAAUUCUCGUUUUUUCUAUUCUGUUUUUACCCUGUCUGAGAGUCCACGCUCCCUACAGCAUCUGUGUCGCUGUGCAGUGCGCUCCCACCUGGAGGGAAGACUUCCGCAGACGUUGCCCAAUCUUCCCCUUCCUCCCUCUCUUCUGCAGUUCAUGCAGCUUCGAUUUGAGGAUGUCCUAUACUAAUUAUUUUACUAUUUUAUAAAUUAUUUGAUAUUGAAGGUUCUUAUAUAUGAGUUAUACACUAUAAUAUUUAAUGUAAACAUGGGCUGUCGAUGCCUCUAAAAAGGUUACUAGGUCCAUAUAGAGAACAUGUCUCACCUCACUAUGCAAAGUCCAGAUAGAGAACAUAUCCACCCUCACUAUACAGAGUCCACAUACAGAACAUGUCCACCCUCGCUAUAGAGAGUCCACAUACAGAACAUGUCCACCCUUUACUGUACAGAAUCCACAUAGAGAGCAUAUCCACCCUCACUAUAGAGAGUCCACGUACAGAACAUGUCCACCUUCAGUAUACAGAGUCCCCAUGGAGAACAUGUUCACCCACACCGUACAGAGUCAACAUGGAGAACAUGUCCACCCUGAUUAUAGAAAGUCCACGUACAGAACAUGUCCACCCUCACUGUAAAGAGUCAACAUAGAGAACAUGUCCACCCUCAUUAUAGAAAAUCCACGUACGGAACAUGUCUACCCUCACUGUACAGAGUCAACAUAGAGAACAUAACCACCCUCACUAUACAGAGUCCACAUACAGAACAUGUCCACCCUCGCUAUAGAGAGUCCACAUACAGAACAUGUCCACCCUUUACUGUACAGAAUCCACAUAGAGAGCAUAUCCACCCUCACUAUAGAGAGUCCACGUACAGAACAUGUCCACCUUCAGUAUACAGAGUCCCCAUGGAGAACAUGUUCACCCACACCGUACAGAGUCAACAUGGAGAACAUGUCCACCCUGAUUAUAGAAAGUCCACGUACAGAACAUGUCCACCCUCACUGUAAAGAGUCAACAUAGAGAACAUGUCCACCCUCAUUAUAGAAAGUCCACGUACAGGACAUGUCCACCCUCACUGUACAGAGUCAACAUAGAGAACAUGUCCACCCUCAUUAUAGAAAGUCCACGUACAGAACAUGUCUACCCUCACUGUACAGAGUUCACGUACAGAACAUGUCCACCUUCACUAUACAGAGGCACAAAGAGGAAAUGUCUUAUACUGACUUCUGACAGAACAUGGAUUAUAUUUCUAAUUGUGAACUGCUAUGGGUGUCACAAUGUGUUUCAUUGUCUUUCAACCAUGUCAAUGAUUGUUUGUAGAUUGCAGCACAGUGUGUAUUAUCAAAUCUUGAAUAAAUAAACAGCAUUAUCUCUCA